AUUGUACAUGAAUUUCUCUUAAUCAGCUGAUUAUACAUUUAUAAUACUUAUAAAACGUAUUUAUAAUGCAUUUCUCAACUACCAGAUACAUACAUAUAUAACAAUACUAUCCUUUACGAAGCAUUUCCAGCUGCAGCAGACUCCAGUCUGAUUUCUCAUAAAUUCUAGAGCUAGAUGCCCUUCCUGGUGCCAACCACUUCACAGAGUGUUCAGGGUGCUUUUAUGUGGAAUUACACAUGCACUUUUACAUGGAAACACACAUACUCUAAUUUGCAGCACUUUCACAUGAUACUGGGCUUUUUGCCACCAGAGAGACAAGUUUUAACACUUCUGUAAUGGAGUGCAGGUCUUCUUGGAUAUAGCAAGGUACCAGACAUUUUGGUCCUUUCUCAUAUCACAUGAAUGGUUCAGCAUCCUGAGUUUGCUCUUCAGCACUUCAUGCCAUGUCUUUCUAGGCAUCCCACUUCCACAUGUUCCAUUUACUUUGAGAGAUUGGCACUUCUUUACGGAGCUGUUGGAAUCCAGCUCAGAUGUUAAGAACAUCGAUGUAACAGAAGAAACAUCCUCAAUAUCUACCAUGUUUUAAAGACUAAAGGAAAAUAUUAUACAAAACAGAUGUAUCAGAUUGUUUCUACAAAUCUGUGGAGGAAUUCCUAUGAAACAUUUCUUCUGAAAUAAUAUUAUAAGCAAAACUUGCGAACGUCACUGACUGGAGUGUCAAGAAGAGCUUGUGUGCUAAUUAAAGUUAGAUAAAUUUGUGUAAAUGUUGCUAAACAAAGGUAACACUGGACAGAAAUACAACACUAGAAGUGUUUGUAAGGAAUAAAGUAGAAGACAAAAGUAAGAAAAAAUAUAUAAACUGGGAUUUGAGAGGAAAAGUAAUGGAAAAGAGUGAGAAAAAUAGACAACUGAUUUCCCCUGGACACAUGGUAAAAGAGACAAGAUCAUUCGACUGUGUUAUCUGUACAAGGUCCUUCUACCAAAAAAGUAACCUGCUUAUGCACAAACGUAUUCAUUCAGGAGAGAAACCACAUCCGUGUGAUAUCUGUGGUAAAUCUUUCUCUCAAAAUAAAGUCUUAACUAGACACAAACGUAUUCAUACAGGUGAGAAACCUUAUCACUGUGAUAUUUGUGGUAAAUCAUUCUCUGACAAUAGUGUCUUAGCAAAGCACAGGCGUGUUCAUACAGGAGAGAAACCAUAUCAUUGUGAUAUCUGUGGUAAAUCAUUCCCCCAAAAUGGUAACUUAAUGAAACACAAACAUACUCAUACAGGAGAGAAACCAUAUCAUUGUAGUGUCUGCUUGAAAUCUUUCUCUUGUAAUAGUAUCUUAACUACACAUGAACGUAUUCAUACAGGAGAGAAACCAUAUCACUGUGAGAUAUGUGGUAAAUCAUUCUCUCAAAAUAGUAACUUGACUACACAUAAACAUAUUCAUACAGGAGAGAAACCGUAUUACUGUGAUAUCUGUGGUAAAUCGUUCUCUCAGAAUGAUAACUUAACAAACCACAAAUAUUUUCAUACAGGAAAGAAACCAUAUCAUUGUGAUAUCUGUGGUAAAUCAUUCCCCAAAAAUGGUAACUUAAUGAAACACAAACGUACUCAUACAGGAGAGAAACCAUAUCAUUGUAGCGUCUGCUUGAAAUCUUUCUCUUGUAAUAGUAUCUUAACUACACAUGAACGUAUUCAUACAGGAGAGAAACCAUAUCACUGUGAGAUAUGUGGUAAAACAUUCUCUCAUAAUAGUACCCUAACUACACAUGAACGUAUUCAUACAGGGGAGAAACCGUAUCAUUGUGAUAUUUGUGGUAAAUCGUUCUCUCAGAAUAAUAGCUUAACAAACCACAAAUAUUUUCAUACAGGAGAGAAACCAUUUUGUUGUGAUAUCUGUGGUAAAUCAUUCCCUCAAAAUAAUAAAUUAAGAGAACACAAAUAUAUUCAUACAGGAGAGAAACCCUAUCAUUGUGAUAUAUGUGGUAAAUUAUUUUCUGAAAGUAAUACAUUAACUAGACACAAACGUACUCAUACAGGAGAGAAACCAUAUCAUUGUGAUAUAUGUGGUAAAUCAUUCUCUCUCAGUAGUACUUUGACUAGACACAAAUCUAUUCAUACUGCAGAGAAACCUUAUCAUUGUAAUAUCUGUGGUAAAUCAUUCUAUCAAAAUAGCGAGUUAACUAGACACAAACGUAUUCACACAGGAGAGAAACCAUAUCAUUGUGAUAUUUGUGGUAAAUCAUUCUCUGAAAGCAGUAAUCUUGUUAUGCACAAACGUAUUCACACAGGAGAGAAACCGUAUCAUUGUGAUAUCUGUGGUAAAUCAUUCUCUCAACGUAUUCACUUAGCUGGACACAAACGUAUUCAUACAGGAGAGAAACCCUAUCAUUGUGAUAUCUGUGGUAAAUCAUUCUCUCAUAAUAGUAUCUUAAUUAAACACAAACGUAUUCAUACAGGAGAGAAACCAUAUCACUGUGAUAUCUGUGGUAAAUCAUUCUCUCAAAGUAUUCACUUAACAAAACACAGACGCAUUCAUACAGGAGAGAAACCUUAUCACUGUGAUAUUUGUGACAAACCUUUCUCUGAAAAUACUGCCUUAACAAAACACAGUCGUGUUCAUUCAGGAGAGAAGCCAUAUCACUGUGAUAUCUGUGGUAAAUCAUUCUCUCAAAAUAGUGUCUUAACUAGACACAAACAUAUUCAUACAGGAGAGAAAUCAUAUCAUUGUGAUAUUUGUAGUAAAUCAUUCUCUGACAAUAGUGACUUAACAAAGCACAAACGUACUCAUACAGGAGAGAAACCAUAUCACUGUGAUAUCUGUGGAGAAUCAUUCUCUCAUAAUAGUAUCUUAACUACGCAUAAACGUAUUCAUACAGGAGAGAAACCAUAUCACUGUGAUAUUUGUGGUAAAUCAUUCUCUGCCAACAGUGGCUUAGCAAAGCACAGACGUAUUCAUACAGGAGAGAAACCUUAUCAUUGUGACGUCUGUGGUAAAUCAUUCUCUAGAAAUAGUACUGUAAUUACACGCAAACGUACUCAUACAGGAGAGAAGCCAUACCACUGUGAUGUCUGUGGUAAAUCCUUCUCUAAUAAUAGUCACUUAACUAAACACAAACUCAUUCAUACAGGCGAGAAACAAUAUAAUUGUGAUAUCUGUGGUAAAUCAUACUAUCAGAAUAGUAGCUUAACAAAACACAAACUUAUUCAUACAGGAGAAAAACCACAUCAUUGUGAUAUAUGUGGUAAAUCAUUCUCUCAAAACUUUGACCUAACACAUCACAAAUAUAUUCAUACUGGAGAGAGACCAUAUCAUUGUGAUAUCUGUGGUAAAACGUUCUCUCAAAAUAGUAGCUUAAUGAAGCACAAACGCAUUCAUACAGGAGAGAAACCAUAUCACUGUGAUAUCUGUGGUAAAUCAUUCUCUCAAGAUGGCAACUUAAUGAAACACAAAUAUAUUCAUACAGGAGAGAAACGACAUCACUGUGAUAUCUGUGGUAAAUCAUUCUCUGAAAGUGGUACUUUGACUAGACAUAAAUCUAUUCAUACAGGAGAGAAAGGAAAGAGGUAGUUUCUAUAAUUUCAUGUUUGCUCUGUAUUUUUAAUAUUCCUGUGUUUUAUGCAAUGGAAAUUAAAGUAUUUUCACAGCUUGGAGA